UCAAAUCAAUUCUGAUCAAUUUCCGGUGACUAGACAGAAGUUCAGCGCUGACAAAUAUGCCAGAUUAUUUAGGAAAGGAUCAAAGAAAAACAAAGGAUGAAGAAAAAGAAGAUAAACCAAUUCAAGCUCUUGAUGAAAAGGACAUAAAGCUUCUCAAAACUUAUGGUUCUGGUACCUAUGAUGCUCCUAUCAAGUCAACAGAAGAAGAUAUAGCGGCAGAAUUGAAAAAGGUAAACGAACUAGCAGGAAUAAAAGAAUCAGAUACCGGAUUAGCACCACCGGCACAUUGGGAUUUAGCCGCUGAUAAACAAGCCCUACACAGUGAACAACCUUUACAAGUUGCAAGAUGUACUAAAAUUAUUAAUGCCGAUUCGGAAGAACCCCGUUACGUUAUAAACGUCAAACAAUUUGCUAAAUUUGUUGUUGACUUACACGAAGAUGUGGCACCAACCGACAUUGAAGAAGGCAUGCGUGUUGGAGUUGAUAGGAACAAAUAUCAAAUACAUAUACCUUUACCACCCAAAAUAGAUCCUACUGUCACUAUGAUGCAGGUUGAAGAAAGACCCGACGUAACUUAUUCCGAUGUCGGUGGUUGCAAAGAGCAAAUUGAAAAGUUACGAGAAGUCGUAGAAACUCCACUUCUUCAUCCAGAAAAAUUCAUCAAUCUCGGUAUUGAACCCCCUAAAGGCGUUUUGCUUUUUGGUCCACCUGGAACAGGUAAAACCUUAUGUGCUCGAGCUGUUGCAAAUCGAACAGACGCUUGUUUUAUUCGAGUCAUUGGUUCCGAACUUGUACAAAAAUAUGUUGGCGAGGGAGCCAGAAUGGUUAGAGAGUUGUUUGAAAUGGCAAGAGGAAAGAAAGCGUGUAUUAUAUUUUUUGAUGAAAUUGACGCCAUCGGAGGUGCUAGGUUCGACGAUGGGGCUGGUGGUGACAAUGAAGUUCAGAGAACAAUGUUGGAACUAAUCAAUCAAUUAGAUGGUUUUGAUCCGAGAGGAAAUAUUAAAGUGUUAAUGGCCACCAACAGACCGGAUACGCUUGAUCCAGCACUUACAAGACCAGGUAGGUUAGAUCGAAAGGUCGAAUUUAGCUUACCUGAUUUGGAAGGAAGAGCCCACAUUUUUAAAAUUCAUGCAAGGUCAAUGAGUGUUGAAAAAGAUAUAAGAUAUGAGCUUUUAGCCAGACUGUGUCCGAACUGUACAGGAGCUGAAAUCCGUUCUGUUUGCACUGAAGCUGGCAUGUUUGCAAUUAGAGCAAGAAGAAAACUCGCUACCGAAAAGGACUUUUUAGAAGCUGUAAAUAAGGUCAUAAAGGCCUAUGCAAAAUUCUCAUCAACACCGAGAUAUAUGACUUAUAAUUAAUUAACUGUUGGGAUACUUUGUAAACGUUAGUAUUGACCAUAAACAACAAAAAAUAAAACUUUCACUGCUUAGAAAUUUUCAAAUGAAAGUCUAUUUUGUUAUAUAAAAAUUUUAGAAGCACUCAAGAAAAC